AUGACAGUUGUUUUGAACAGUCUUACAUCUUAUGAGCCCUGUAAUGACUACGUCUCCCUGGAUCAACCCUGGAGAGCCAAUAAUGCAACUGGGUUGGGAAUUUGUGACAGCAACUUCAACUGGAAUGGCUGGUACCGCCUGCUGUACAAUGGGAUGGACAUCCAUAUGGCAGAGAGCUGUGUUGAUGUUAACAGAUGUGGCUAUGACUGCUGCCUCUUCAAGUCCACCCCAAUUCGUGUUAAAGCAUGCCCAGGCAAUUUCUAUGUGUAUGAGAUUGUCAGUCCAAUGUUCUGCAACAUGGCUUACUGUACAGAUGUCAACACCACAUCUCCAGUUCUUGUAACCUCAUCUGGUACGGAAUCCAGUGUGACCAUUAAGUCCACUCAAGAUGACUUCACGUUUGACCCUUGCUACUACUACGAUGUCAUUGAUGACUACUGGAGGGGCACGAACACUUACAGCACUGGUCAUGAUGACACCGUUAUUGAGUGGGAUGGCUGGUAUCGGCUGUUUCUCCAGGGGAAUAGCGCUCAGAUGUCUGAGUGGUGUGUGAGCUACGUGACGUGUGGUGGCUACACUCCACUUGUACUUGGUGGUUCUCAUCCACAACUAGAGGAUGGAAUUUUGACCAGAGAAAUCUACGCCUACUCUGAUGGUCAGUGCAGCUCAGUGUCCAGGUCCCACCCCAUCCAAGUGAAAGCCUGUCCAGGAAAUUACUAUGUCUACAAACUUGUCAAGCCAGAUGUGUCUAUUCCAAUGCCUACAUACUGUGCAGUUGCUGUCAAUGAUUCAUCUUAUGACCCCUGCAAUUACUAUGUCACCCUCGACCAACCCUGGAGAGCCAAUACUGCACCUGGCUUGGGAAUUUGUGACAUCAACUUCAACUGGAAUGGCUGGUACCGCCUGCUGUACAAUGGGAUGGACAUCCGUAUGACUGAGAGCUGUGUUGAUGUUUACAGAUGUGGUACUUUCUACACUCUGUGGCUCAAUGGUACUCAUCCUCAGCUAGAGGAUGGAGUGGUCACCCGCCAGGUCUGUGCAAAAUGCAAUUCUGACUGUUGCUACUUCAAGUCCAACCCAAUUCGUGUUAAAGCAUGCCCAGACAAUUUCUAUGUAUAUGAGAUUGUCAGGCCAAUAUUCUGCAACAUGGCCUAUUGUACAGAUGUCAGCAGCAUCACACCUUCACCUACAUCUGAAACCAGUGGAACUGAACUCAACACAACCAUCAAGGCAACAUAA